GGUGUGAAGCCACUUGAUUUAUUACCUGCUUUCCCUUUGUGAAAAAUAAACAAACAAAAGUGGAAUACUGAGUAAUAUCCUUUGUACACCGGGUUCCCCCUCCGUGGGGAGAAAACAGAACAGUAAUAAAUCAACGGCCUGAGCACAUCAAGCCAAGAGCCAAGUCUGUCACCGCCCUAUCAGCGUUGACCAGUGAAGGAGCACCAAAGGAAGAGGAAUAGGCCGAAUAGACCCCUCUGUGGAACAGCACCUUGGUCAGUGCGGGAAAAGGAAAAUGGCUCAACAGCACAGGCCCUCUUCAGCAAGAGAGCGAAGAAGCUGUCCCUCACUGUAGAUCUCCUAGGAAAAAGGGCACUCAUUGACGAGAUCAGAGCACUUGGUGUGGACUUUGAAAAGGUGCACGAUACCGGUCUCGAAUAUAUUGAUGCUCUGGGAGAAGUGGAAAAGGCAGAAGAAGAAGCAGCUCAUGCAGAGGAGAAAACGGCGAAGUGCCUUGACACAUACACAGACACGCUCCGGCUCGCUAAGGAGACAUUAUGGUUCAAAUUCGCCUACGUCGAAAUAAAACUGUACGCCGACGGUGCAGAGGAGAAAUGUGCCGAGGUUGAGUACACUGACGUGAAGGAGUUGCCGGAGGAAGACUGUCAAGUCCUGAGAGAGAGAGCCUGGAGGAGAGGAUCAGCAUGCUCGAGCGGAAGGUGCUUGAAUGGGAAACCAUUGUCUCUGAAGCCAAGACAACAGUGUACAAGCAGCAGCUAUACAACCUGGGAAACAGACUGCAUGACUGGGUGCAGAGCUGGAAAAAGUUGAAGCGGACUGAUGAGCUUGACGGGGGAGAAGAGGCAGCGCCUGCGUUUCCGAACUUCCCAUACGCACCACCACAAAGCAUCCCUGGCAUGCAUCCCGGGGUGUACGGCUUCAGACCACAGAUCAGUCUUAAAAGAACACGCCUGCCCACGUUCUGAGGAGACAUGACCGACUACUACAACCUAGCCCCCAGUUACCUCUGCGACCUCCUCCAAGAAUACACUCCCUCCCGCUCCCUCCGCUCAACCUCUGCUGGACUACUAUGUAUCCCCACAUCACGACUCACUUCAAUGGGUGCCCGGUCAUUCAGCUGUUCAGCACCCAGGCUCUGGAACUCCCUCCCCCCACACAUAAAACAGUCAGACACCAUUACAACCUUCAAGUCACAACUCAAAACUCACCUGUUCAAACUCGCACACAACGUCUAACUGAUCACUGUUUUGAUUGUUUUUUUGUUUUGUUUUGUCUUGUUUUUGUUUUAUUUAUUUCUUAUUGCUUAUGUUUAUUCAUUUAUUUAUUUAUUUAUUUAUUUAUUUUUUCCACAAUGUCUUGUUUUUUUUUUAAAUAUGUAUGAUGACUAUAUGCUCUGUAAGGUGACCUUGGGUGUUUUGAAAGGCGCCUCUAAAUUAAAUGUAUUAUUAUUAUUAUUAUUACUACCGGUGGAAGGCUAACUGGCAAAUUUAGGAGUAACUCCUAAAAAUAAUGGGCGUGUCACUCUUAAAUUUAGGACUCCUAACUUUUUUCACUAAGAGCAAUUCACAAAGUACUUUAGGACUAAAAGUAGCACCUAAGUCUAGGAGAGCUUAAAAGUCCUCAAGAGGACUCCUAACUCAGUAAGACCUAUUCACAAAGAAUCUUAAAAUGCCUGCGAGACGAAAUGUUAGGGUAUUCAACUUAUUGUGGAGUUAAUGCGCGAUGCAAUAACAUCCCCGACUAACAGGAAUAAUCCGAUUAGUCCCGAAAUAAAAUGUUAUAAAAAUUAUAAGUUAUAAAAAAAUAUAUAUAACUUAUAAAAAAUAAAAAUAAUUGCGCCAUGAAAAGACGAGGACGUGUUCGUAAAUAGGAAGAAAGUGCAUUCCAUCAACACGCAGGUUGUUUUUGAUGCAAAUUUUAACAUAGCCUACUGGAUGUUGUUGCAAAGUGGCCUGGAUCUUCAGCUACCCAUGAUUCGCGCAUUUUAAUGGUGAGCGGUCUGAGGCAGCUUUUUGAGAUGUAGGAGUUGGGUGUCACUUGCUGGGUGACAGUGACUAUCCAUGCAAGACGUGGCUCUAGACACCCUACCUUAAUCCACAACCGGGAGCACAGUUAAAGUGUAACAUGUAAGUGAUUACGCAGAUUACACUUAGUCCUAUGCGUAAAACACAUCGUAUUGGCUCUUUGCGAGCACACAAACAUACACGAAAUGUUGUGGAGAGAGGAAUUGGGCAGAUGAAACGUCGGUUUCAUGUCCUCCACGGCGAAAUACGCCUCACCCCAGAGAGGGCAAGCACAGUAAUCACUGUAUGUGCCAUUCUACACAACCUUUGCAAGCGGAGGAACAUUCCACAGCCAGACGAUGAUGAUGAUGAUGAUGAUGAUGGCGAUCAACAUUACAAGGAAUUUGGCCGUGUGGAACCGAGUGGACUGGCAUUUAGGGAUCACUUUGAAAACACAUUUUAGGUAAACACCUUGGCACAAAUCAGUCAACACUUGGGUAGUUCGUAACAUUUAUUUUCUUUUAGAUUUUACGUAUUUUUAUUGUUUGCUUUCUCUCUCUCUUGAACGUGCAGGCUACAACGUCAUUGUGGUCUGCACAAAAUUGUCAUCAUGCGUGUAUUCUGCUAACUGCACUAUAACUACUUAAUAGGAAUUCAUUUCUAGCCUAGGCUAUUUCCUUGUUUUUCGGUGAUUCAGUGGGCUCGUCUGAACAACCAAUCACCGAACUGACCGCUUCUAAACUCGUGCACGAGAAUUGACGUAAUCCAUAGCAACGGCGCGUCACUCUUAGUUCACUCUUUGUGAUUUAUCCUUAGUAAGAGUAGGUCUCAGCGGCUUUGUGAAUAACUUUUAAGAAAAAACUCCUACGUAAAAUGUUUUAGCGCGAGUUAGGAGCACUCCUAGCGGUAAGAUAAAAUGCUUUGUGAAUACGGCCCCAGAAAGGGGAUGUCAUUAAAGCAGAGCUUUGUGGGGCUGUCUUUGCAACCCGCCUGAAGACAUACUUCGAGAAGCACUGCUACAUCAAGGUCGAACAGUGGAUCCAUUUUGUCGAUAGUCAGACAAUCCUGGGAGCCAUCCAGAAGAAUAGCUAUGGCUAUCAGACAUUUUUUGCAAACCGGAUUGGAGAAAUCCAAAAGGCCGGACCAGUGGACAGCUGGAGGUGGAUCGAAGGACAAGACAAUAUCGCCGACCCCAUCACAAGGGGAGCAUCCCCUGAGGAGCUUGCCGAGGGAUCAGUCUGGCAGGAAGACCCUAGAUUUUUGAAGCUGCCUGAAUCAGAUUGGCCUGUGAAAACCGCCAGAGAGAUCAACCCCUCUGUCACUGAGGAGAUCGGGGAACUUCGGAGGAAGGCGUUCUCGGCCCUUGUCACAGCAAUAGCCCAGCCCAGGAAAUGGUAGGGCCCAACCAGCGUUGCGCUUGUGCGCCUUGUGGACCCCCGAAGGUUCAGUUCACUGACACGGCUGUGCGGGACCAUCGCCUGGAUAAGACGAGCACUGGAAAUCUGUCUGGGUGGCAACUGCCAGGCCCCAGUUCAGUCAAAGUGAGAGGCAAGACUGUCUGUGGAAGAAAGAGCAACAGCUUUCAAAGAUGUAGCUCUCGAAGCUCAAGACGGUGUCAAGUUCCGAGACACAACCCUGGAUCGCCUGGUGGUUCAGAAGGAGGAAAAGACGGGACUCUUUCUCUGCGGAGGGAGAAUCCAACGUUGGGAUGAGGACAGAGUGGCUGUACCGCUAAUCCCAUGCCAGUCGUGGCUAGCAAGCCUAUUGGCUAUGGAGGCACAUGAGGAAAACCACGAAGGUGUCGCCUCUACCCUUCUACGGACAAGAAGGAAAGCCUGGAUCAUGCAGGGACGAAGGACAGUUAAGAAGGUGCAACUGUUUCACCUGCAGAAGGCAAAGAGCCGAGAUGUGCCGGCAAAUAAUGAGUGAUCUCCCUCAAGAGCGUACCAAAAGAGCAAGCCCAUUCAAGCAAGAAGGUCUGGGGCAUUGUUUACUGCUGUAUGGCCUCGAGAGCCGUCCAUGCGGACCUCACAGAUGACCAGUCGGCAGAAAGCUUCCUCCAAGCGUACUCCCGCUUUAUUGCUCUGAGGGGGCAUCAAAAGAAACUAUGGUCCGAUAGAGGCACCUACUUUGUUGGCGCCAAGGCGUCUCUGCGUGAGCUGCAUAAACACCUGGCUUGCCUGCAGGCUGCACCAAUGGAAGAUGUAGCCGCCAAGAACGGGACCGAGUGGAAGUGGGAGUUUCACCCUGCAGAUGCACCCCACAGAAAUGGAGCCGCGGAGGCUGCUGUAAAGCUUUUGAAGAGGGCGCUCACGAGCCUUGGAGGAGCUACAGAGUCUUUCACAUGGGGAGAACUCCAGACUCUGUUCUAUCAGGCAGCCAACCUGACAAACGAGCGUCCAAUCGAUGCCAGAGCUCAAGAACAGGAAGACUCGGUCGAGUAUCUAACACCCAACUCCCUAAUACUGGGUCGAGCAUCGCUUGGAGGAGACACCAGCGGGCUUGACCUCGAGACCCAUCCCUGGCGUCGACUAAGGGCUAUUCAAAUCGGAGUGGACCAGUUCUGGGCAAAGUGGAGAGAACUAGCUGUCCCAAAUCUGUUUGUUCGACACAAGUGGCACCGGACAGAGAGGAACGUCAAAGUCGGCGACCUCGUCUGGAUUGCUGACCCAAACGCUUUGAGAGGUCAGUUUCGUCGGAUUCUGAAAGUCUACCCUGAUAGUAAAGGGAUCGUCAGGGAUGCCGACAUCGCAACUUUUGCUGGCCUUCCUGUUUCCGUGGCGGGUGGCCGAAAGAAGAGUUCUUCACUGCCCAUGGCAGUUAUAAGAAGAGACGUGAGAAGGCUGGUGGUCCUUCUCCCGGUGGAGGACCAAACUCAUCCACCCCAGCUGCCAUGACACCCGCCUCUUCCUGAACCCCUCUCAUUCUGCACACCGCCCAAUCCCCUUGUCACACACCUGCCCAAACCCCAGUCACCACCCUUACCCCUUGUUGGCUGGUUGGUGCAAGCCUAGCGCUAUUACCAUGCCCAUCACAUUGCUCACUCAUGAAGAGGUAAGAGCAUGCACAUCCCCAGGCAGUGCACCACACAACUGCCAAAGGGAUGUGAUUGACUUGGACAUUGGACACUUACACUUCCACAUGGACAAAGCUAAGGGUUACAAAGAAUUCCCAAAAAAAAAAAAAAAGAAGGGUGUCACUAAGGGGUCUUUUCAUUGAUAUUGGUAAGUUGCCUGGAUCAUAAGAUCAGCAACUUAAGUGGGAGGUGUUGUGCUUUCUGUGGAGGUCUGCCAUUUUUGUAGUCUUGUUAUUUCUUAUUUACUUAUUUAAGUUAUAGAUAAACGUCUGAGGCUUGGCAGCCCAAUGGUGUAGUGCCUCUUUAAGAGAACAGUGUGCUGUGGGUCCAUGUGACCGGUGUUCACCCAAUAAAAAGGUGGCGGAAGAUUUGUAUCAUUGGUAAAUAACUUUGACCCGGUGUGCAGCCACUUGGUAAGCUCCCUUAAGUUCUUGUUUUCUUGUCUGCUUUCAUGUUGUUACUUCAUGUUGUCUGCUAUGUUGUCUAAAGAUAACGCAAUAGCGCUAUGCUCCGGUAGAUCCUAGCACUUUGCCAAAGUUAAAACGAUAUAUAUAUUUCAAGUACAUAAAGCCAUUUGGACUUGUAAACGUCGCUGUCCCAUCUUUGUCCAGCCAUGUUCGUUUUAUUUAGUUUUAUGAACGUCGAUUAAAUGAAUCGCAGGGGCCGGCAUUUGACAUGGGUGCUGUACUUCCUGGUUUGCCGCGGGGCAUUCUGGGAGCUGUAGUUUCCUAUUGCGGAGAAAGACUAGAUGCACCUUUGCAAAGGCUGUUCGGUAGGAUUUGAAUAUGGCGCAUAAGUGACAUUUGAAACAUGUACAUUAAUGAUUAUGAAUUAUUAUUAUAUAUUUGUAUUUUGAUGAAUGCAAGUGAUGUUUGUGUUAUGCACAUGAGAAGUGAAACGUUGCAUUCCUUAUUUUCCAGAUUUAUU